UUAUUUAGAAAAGUAUAUUUUGAGAGCAAUGUUGUCAUGCUCUUAUAUCUAAUAAUAACAACUGUGUGGACACAAAGAGAAUGAAUCUGCUAUUCAGAGCAAUACAAAUAUAAACAACACAUUGGACAUUUUUUUUUACUUCAUUUAGGUAUUUACAGUUUAUUGUGGUGUUUUGCAAAUAAAUAUAGAGUCAGGGAAGAUCUCAGACUCCUCCUUAGGGAAGAUAUUUCCUGUCAGCCCUACCCUCUGCUGGAAGAGUCACUCUCUUCUUUUUCCCGUCAACAUCAGCAGCAUUUCAACCCCGGUGACAAAAGCUGUCGACAACUGUGCGGAGUGGAACGCGAGCUCUGUGAUUUUUAAAUGUGUAUGGUCAUAUUUGCUCCGAUUUUUGCCAUCUGUGCUUUUGCAACAUGUGGAGGAUACUAUGGUCACCUCCAGGUUAAAGUGGACUGCAGUGCAGACAGGAGGCAGAGUAACCUCAGCAUCAACAUUGAUUUCAGUUAUCCUUUCAGAUUACAACAAGUGCAUUUCAAAGCUCCCCUGUGUGAGUUGAAAAGAGAGGAGAUUCUUUUCCUGGAUGGUGACUAUUCUUCAGCUGCUCAGUUUUUCGUGACUGUUGGUGUUUUUGCUUUCCUGUACUCUCUGCUGGCAACCAUUGUGUACGUCUUCUACCAGAACAAGUACCUGAAGAACAACAGAGGCCCUCUUGUGGAUUUUGUUGUUACAGUCAUCUUCUCCUUCAUGUGGCUGGUCAGCAGUUGCUGUUGGGCCAAAGCUCUUUCUGAUAUCAAGACGGCCACAAACCCAACACAGGUGCUUCUGCUCAUCUCAGCCUGCAGAGCACAGGAAAACAAAUGCACAGCUACCCAGGAGCCUCUCUGGUCACGUCUCAAUACAUCUGCGGUUUUUGGUUUUGUUAAUGUAGUCCUCUGGGUUGGAAAUAUCUGGUUUGUCUUCAAGGAGACAGGCUGGUACAAGACAGGUCAGAGAUACCCAACCAGGAGCGCUUCCGGGAAACGUUCCAGUGAAAUGCGACAGCGGCUCUACAGCGAGAGCAGCUUCGACCAGCCAGACGACAAUUUUGGCCCACAGCCCUCCAGACAAGACAGUUUCAAUCAGUCGAAGGGGGAUUUUGGUCAGCAGGUCCAAAGACAACUGAGUCUCAACCAGUCACAAGUCAGCUUUAGCUUACCACAGACAUAUCUUGGUAAACCAGUAGUUUAUGACAGGGAGAACAAAGUAGUUUCUCAAGGGCCGAUGAUAUUUGUCAAUGAGAUGUGAUUUUAACUUGGUGUAGCUGUGCACAGUGAACAGAAUAAAAAAUGUGUUAUUGUUAUUUUCAAUCUGAUUAUUAAGUGAAUAUAAAAUGAAAACACAGACAGCAUCUAUUUGAUAAACAUAGUGUUCAUCAUGUAAUAGAUUUUUUUGUUUAUUCCCUCUGAAUAAAUUGAUGUACGUGGAGCUUAUGGUCCCUGAUGAUGCAAGUUGUGCUACAGUAUGAAAUGAAGUAAUUUAAAGUCAUACAGAUGAUUACUUAAGGCUACAAAGAAGAUUUUAUUUGCAUUUUUUGUUUGUUUAUUUUUGGAAGUUGCUCUUUGGCAACAAGCAGAUAUUGCUGUGGACUUUUUGCUCUGUAUAUCUCAGUGAUCAUUUGAGAGUUAAGUAUAUAAAAAAAUAAGUAAGUAAUAAUAAGUUGACGUAAAAUUUGGUCAGUGGGUAUCUUGUGUUUUUGGUGCUAGUCCACCAUAGUUUUGCCAUUUGCUAUCCAAUUCACUAUGUUAAAUAUACAAUUUACUCAAAUCAUGUGCUGCAGUAGCACUGCAGGUUGGAUUGCUCUAAAAAACGACCACAUAUUUCUCUUUUUUACCCCAGAAAAGCAUUAAAAUUUCUGAAGGAACCAGAGCUUUAGCUAAUUACACUUAAUUUAACUUACAUGUUAACAUUUUUACCUGUAAAUGGAAAACAUUUUUCUCUUUCCCUUAUUUAGUCAAAAGGUUUUUAUGAAGAAGCACUGCAUACUUUAUUCCAUAUGUUCAGUGGGAAAAUAUGUGCAGUGUAAGUGCAGAAAUAUACCUAAUGAAUGUGCUAGAAUUCUCUCUAUAAAUAUUUAAUGUUUGAUUGUAUCUUUUAUUCCCUUUAUCAUUAUUGAUGGAUUUCCUGUUAUUCUAAUCAACAUUGUACCCCACUGUCUUUGUUUGUACUUUCUUUUUUAAAUGAAUAUUGAUUUCAAAUGGAUAAUGGAUGCUGUGUCAGUGGAACCUUAAACAUGUUUUUUUAUUAUUAUUAUUAUUUGUAUGUAUUUAUGUGUAAAUACAUGUAUAGUCAUAUUUUAUUAUACUGAGGAAUUCUCCUCAGACAGAAUAUGUUUCAAUAUUAAACUAAGAUGGAUGUGGAAUAUGUUGAAGUGCUCUUGUUGUAUAUAUAAUUCAUCUCAAUCAUUAAAGCUGUACUGUAAUUUCACAA